AUGUUUGAAUAUUUCAAAACCAUCACAGAGACCAUCACAGAGACGGUUACUCAAAAUGGUGCCACUCUCAUUGAAUUAUACAAGAAGGAUUUAAAUGAAUUCGCUGCUGCCGUUUCAACGGAAUUACAACUGCCAUCUUCGGAUCAACAACAAGAUCACUCCUCCGCUCAUUCCUCUUCUCUCACAACAACAACAACAACAACAACACUCUCGGAAAUACUUCACAAUGAACAAUCCUAUUUGCAACCCAUCUAUUUAACAGAUGAAAAUGAUUUAAAUACCAUUCAAAUCGAUGUCAAUUCAGAUCAAGUGACAAAGGAUAUUACAUCACUAUUAGAAAAUGAUUCAAUUCUAAAAGAUAUUCAUACUAAAUUAGUUCCUUCACAAAUUUCAUAUCCAUUAUUUUGGAAGAGAUAUUUUCAAUUGAAAAAUAAUUUUGAAGAAUUUGAAAAGAAGAGAAAAUUAUUUGAAUCAUUGAAAGAAGAAACAAACAAGUCAACAACAACUCGUGAAGAAUUUUAUUUAAAUGUUUUAAAUGAAAUACUUGAAAGUGAUGAUUUUAAAACAGUCCAGGAUGUGAAAGAAUUUAUUAAGGCACAAUUAGCAGGUAUCAAUGAUGAUGAUUCUGGUCAAAGUGGUGUUCAAAGUGGUGUUCAUGGUGGUGGUCAUAGUGGUGGUCAAAGUGGUGGUGGUACCCGUCAUGGUCAUGGUGGUACAGUAUUAAUGGACUCUAAAAGUGGUGAUGCUAGUGGUAUUGUUGAAUCCAACCUUUCUCAAACAACUUCAGAUUUGAAUACCACCAACAGCAACACCAAUGUCAUGACUGAAGAAGAAGACGAAGAAGAUUGGGAGUAA